AUGCCAAGAACCAAAGGAAAUUUUUGGAAUGAAUUUGAGCAAAUAUCGAAUGAAAAUAAUGAAAGUUCUGAACAAUGGCGGUGUUUACAUUGUGGUCAACAAUGGGUUAAAAAUGCAAGUCGUUUAUCCAAGCAUUUAGAAAACUGUAAAAAGUAUCAGGAUAGUUUAAAUCAAUCUGAACCUUUAUUUCCACCUCCACCAACAACAAAACGAUGUAAAAUGGGACAACAAAUGACUCUUGAUGGAUAUGCAUAUUCUUUUAGUCAAAAAGAUCAAGAAGAAAUGGAAAAACUUUUAGCGCGUGCCUUUUAUUCAGCUGGAAUUUCUUUUAAUAUAAUUGAUAAUCCUGAUUUUUGUAUAUUUCUUAAAAAAGCAUGUUCAGCAUUUAAGAUUCCUUCACGACAUAAAUUAUCAACCACCAUUUUAGAUGCAGAAUACAACUCUUUAAAAAAAGAUGUAGAUGAUGUAUUAGAAAAAAAGGAAUACUUAUGUAUUACAAGUGAUGGAUGGUCAAACAUAAAGAAAACUUCUAUUAUCAACUAUAUGGUUACAAUUCCACAACCAAUUUUUUAUAAAUCAAUUCCUACACAUGAAGAACGACAUACCGCGGAAAAUAUUUCAGCAGGAAUUAAACAAACUAUUAAUGAAAUUCUUAAAAAUGAAUAUCCACAUAAGAUAUUUUUGGGUUGUUGGGCUCACGGAAUAAAUUUAUGGAUUAAAGAUAUUAUGAAACUUACUUGGUCUGAAAAUUUACUUCAAUUUGCAAAAUAUAUUAUUAAUUAUUUUCGAAAACAUCAAGUUCUUCUUGCUGUUUUACGUCGAUUACAAAUGGAAAAAUAUGGUACACAUAUUGCAUUAUUAUUACCUGGACGAACACGAUGGGGAUCAGCAUAUUAUUGUAUUAGAAGUCUUAUUAAAACAAAAGUUGCACUACUUAAUACACUUUAUGAAGAAGAAAUUGAAGUAGAUUUACAAAUAAAACAAAAAAUUCUUGAUGAUUCUUUUUGGCAAAAUUUAAGAAUUUUAUGUGAUUUUCUUGAACCAUUU